AUGUCCGCCUUCCCAGCCCGUGGCCGCCGUGCGCCACCAGCAUCCCGCCCCGCCCUGUCGGACGAGCAGCGCAGCGAGGUCCGCGAAGCAUUUGAACUGUUCGACACGGACAAGGACGGCUUUAUCGACUACCACGAGCUCAAAGUCGCCCUCAGGGCACUGGGGUUUAAUCUGCGCAAGCCAGAGGUGCUCAAGCUCCUCCGCGAGCAUGAUCGUGGGGAUGGGUUGAUGAGCCUAGCAGACUUUGAGAAGAUCAUGACGGAGAAGAUCCUGUCUCGCGAUCCGAUGGAAGAGUUGCGGCGCGCUUUCUCGUUGUUCGAUGAUGACCACACGGGCAAGAUUAGUCUCAAGAACCUGCGGCGCGUGGCUAAGGAGCUUGGCGAGCAUCUUGGCGAUGAGGAGCUCCAAGCAAUGAUCGACGAGUUCGACAUGGACGGCGACGGCGAAAUCAGCCAGGAGGAGUUUAUCGCUAUCAUGAUGGACGGCGAGUAG